AUAACGAAGAAUCCGUUCAUUUCUCACUGUUUAUUCAUCGCUAAAAGAAAAAUGGAAGCCGCAGCAAAGUCGAAGAAGGGUGCCGGAGGAAGAAAGGCCGGUGGUCCAAGGAAGAAGGCGGUUACCCGCUCUGUCAAGGCCGGACUGCAGUUUCCCGUCGGUAGAAUUGGGCGUUUUCUGAAGAAAGGACGUUAUGCGCAGCGUGUUGGCAGUGGUGCUCCGGUUUACCUCGCCGCUGUUCUUGAAUACCUUGCCGCUGAAGUUCUAGAGUUGGCUGGAAAUGCGUCCAGGGACAACAAGAAGACCAGAAUCAUUCCAAGACAUCUUCUGUUGGCCAUUAGAAACGAUGAAGAGCUUGGGAAAUUAUUGGGUGGAGUUACGAUUGCUCAUGGUGGCGUUCUCCCAAAUAUCAAUCCAAUUCUAUUGCCAAAGAAGACUGCUGCCAAGGAGCCUUCAACUCCAUCUAAAGCUGCUAAAUCUCCAAAGAAAGCUAAGAAGGCUGAAUAGAUUAUGACGUUAGAAUUUGUAGUUUUUUUGGUUAAGAUUAUAUUAAAAGUUUGUAUGCUGAUGUUGAUCAUGGUUUAAUGAAUGGAACGACUUGUUUCUUAUAAU